CAGCAGCUUGCUCGCAGUGGCAGCCGUAACCCGAGCCUACGAGGAGAGCGAGGAGAGGGAGCGAGUGCAGUGCCAUGGUUUUUUCCGCUGGGGAUGGAGAGGCCGACCUGCUCGCGAAAUGGAUGAUUGUGGCCGCAGUCGGCACGCUGGGCGCGUGCAGUGCGGUCGCACCCCCGUAUGGCAGGUACUCGAGAGCCGUCAUAUUUGGCAUAAGGUUCCCCCUCCUGGACGCGAAGCUGGGAUGGAUCCUUAUGGAGUGCCCGAACGUGCUGAUGUCGCUGUGGUUCCUGCUGUAUGGCUCGGAUGAAACCUGCCUCAAAAGUCCAGUAAACCUCGCUCUGUUGAGCAUGUUCGUCCUGCAUUACGUCAACAGGUCUUUCGUGUUUCCUUUCCGAACACGCGGAGGCAGGCCAAUGCCCGUGCCGAUGAUGCUCUUCGGCGCUCUGUUCGUGAGCAUCAACAGCUACCUGCAGUGCACUCACCUGCUACGUUCGCGAAUCUACCCCAACUCCUGGUUUGGAGACCCGCGCUUCAUCAUUGGCGCAGCGACUUUUUCCGCAGGCAUGUUCAUCAACUGUCAAUCCGACGGAAUCUUGAGGCGCCUUCGCCGCCCGGGAGAGACCGGCUACAAGAUUCCACAAGGUGGCAUGUUCGCGUACGUGUCUGGCGCCAACUACUUCGGGGAGUGUGUCGGGUGGAUCGGGUUCGCAAUCGCGGGGUGGUCCUUGCCGGCGACGGCGUUUGCUCUCUACACCCUCUCCAACCUCGCCCCUCGAGCACGCAAGCACCACCUUUGGUAUCUCGAAAAGUUUCGCGAAGGCUACCCGGCAGGAAGAAAGGCUCUGGUUCCGUUCGUGUGGUGA